AUGACCGAUUUUAACGCCCUCUACCAGCAAGGCCUUUACCUCACCCCGAACCAGCAAGACCUCCUCCUGGCCGCCCUAUCCUCCAACAAAGCUCCCGGCCAGAGGCCAGAGAACAAGUCCCCAUCGAAGGAAAGUCCUCCGGCCCAUCAUCCUCAAUUCAAACCCGACCCCGACGCCACCCCCGCUCGACACUCUUUGGAUAGCUUCACCAUGUCGCCCGGCUUCGAUCGUUCCGCCCUGUCCGGCGGCUUGGACGAGAGCCCGUUCCUCGACUUUCCCAACGACCCUGAGUUUGACUUCCAUGGCGACGACCUGAUCGGUGAUCUUCCCGGGAGCCUCCCCUCCGAUGAGGUGGAGUCCGGGGAAAAGCGGAAGGACCUGUCCGACGACGAGGCAGAGGAAUCGGGGAAGAAGCGGAGGGAAAGCGAGGGGGCCAGAAAGCCCGGCAGAAAGCCCCUGACCUCGGAGCCGACCUCGAAGCGCAAGGCCCAGAAUCGGGCCGCCCAGCGCGCGUUCCGGGAGCGCAAGGAGAAGCACCUGAAGGACCUGGAGACCAAGGUCGAUGAGCUUCAGAAGGCCUCGGAGAACGCCAACCAGGAAAAUGGCCUGCUGCGCGCUCAGGUCGAGCGUCUGAAUGUCGAACUCCGCGAGUAUCGCAAGCGUCUGAGCGUCGCGGCGAGCAGCGGAAACGGCCUCUUGGCCAUGAGCUCCGCCCCCAACGCGCCGUCCCGCGGCCUGCAGGGCCUGAAUAACAGCGAGUUCCUGUUCGACUUUCCCAAGUUUGGCGACCUGCCCAGCUCGCACCUUUUCAACAACGGCCCGUGGGGCAAGGCUGCACCCCAACCCCCCAAGGACCAGGAGGCCUCGCGCCGCAACGCCAACGUGCCCGGCGUCGUGAGCCGCCAGUCCCCCACCGGUCGCAGCCCCACCGCCCCGUCGUCCGCCGGCACCACCCCGGCAUCCGCCUCGGCGCCCGCGAAGCCCCCCGCCCGGUCGGCUCGUGACUCCAAACCGCCGCAUGUGAUCGACCUCUCCAACUCCGAUUCGCCAUCCUCCUCAUCCGACUCCCAUCAGAGCCACUUGCUUUCGUCGAGUGGUACGUCCCCCGAGCCCAACACGCACUCCCCAGCCGCGAAGGCCCCGGGCCACCACGAGGCCUGCACCUACCACUCCAUCAACGGGGAGGAGUCCUUCUGCGCCCAGUUGGGGCUGGCGUGCGGCAACAUCCGAAACCCCAUCCCCGCGGUGCGGUCCAACAGCGAGAGUGCCACCAACACCCCGGCCCAGGGCACCAGCGAACCGCCCAGUGCCCACCACUGGACCGAACCGGCCGAUUCCUCCGCCGACCAGACGCCCGGGCUUGAUUGGAUGGCCCAGCAGAACGGCGGCCAGUUCGACCCCGUGCUGUUCGGGGACUGGCGGGAACCGCAGGAUAGCAUCCUGUCCCAGGACUUUGGCACCUUCUUUGACGACGCCUUCCCGUUGCCGGACCUGGGCAGUCCCUCGCACAAUUUCUCCGAGCUGGGCACGGGCACCCAACCGGCGCCACCGGCGCAGCCGGCACCCAAGAAGGGCCUGCUGGCCCAGAUUGACAGCAAGUUGGAGGAGGAUGAGGUCGUUCCCGGCGAGGACAAGGCCCAGAUGCUGUCCUGCACUAAGAUCUGGGAUCGUUUGCAAUCGAUGGAGAGGUUCCGCAACGGCGAGAUCGACGUGGACAACCUCUGUUCGGAGCUGCGGAACAAGGCACGGUGUUCCGAAGGAGGCGUGGUCGUCAACCAGCAGGAUGUGGAGGACAUCAUGGGCCGUGCCAAGUAG